UGAUAAUCCUAUGAAACAACAACCAACUACAAAGUUCCAGUACCAAAAGGCAGAAAAACUGAUGACACUGGUGUGACUGUCAAGUCCCAUGGGCCUCUUGAUUUGUGGCACAUAACUUAUACAAAACCAUGCCACUUUCACCAAGGAAAAUGUUGAGGCAACUAGUGCAACAACAAAACAAUGCUGAACUUAUCAAUAAUUUGAAAGAUAGUACUUUACCUUUGAUGGAAAUGUCUUUAAAGGCUGGAAAUCAUUUUGAAAAAAUUGUGAAAGGACUUGAUGAUUUACGACAAAAAUCUUUACUCUGCGAUUAUACUUUGAAAGCAGACGAUGAAAGCUUUGCAGUUCACAAGGUAGUCAUGGUGGCAUGCAGUGAUUAUUUCCAAGCAAUGCUGACCAGUAAUAUGAAAGAAUGCCAUGAGAAUACAGUAGAGUUGAAAGGAAUUUCAGCAAAUGGUUUGAAGAUCAUUGUAGACUUUGCAUACACAGGGGAGCUUAAAUUAAACACACAAAACGUUGAAGAUGUUCUCUCCGCUGCAACACAUUUACAAGUUAGUGAUGCUAUGGAUUUAUGCAGCACAUAUCUCGAAGCCUCGAUCUCUGUGCGUAACUGUGUUGACAUUCUAAACAUUGCAGAACUGUAUUCCUUAGAGCCUUUAUGUCAAGCUUCCAGGCGAUUCAUGCUCCACAACUUUGAGGAACUGGCAGAAUCAGAACAGUAUUCAAUGUUGAAUAAUGUGCAGUUAUCACAACUUCUGGCAGAAAACAGUCUCCGUGUGUCCUCAGAGUUUAUGCUGUUCAAUCUUGUUCUGAAGUGGAUUCGAUAUGACCCAGCAGAGAGAGAACAAUUUGUGUCUGAACUGAUUGAAAAUAUCAAGUUUCCCUUGAUGACAGGUGAGGAACUUGUGGAGAGAGUCAGUAAGGUUCCUAUAAUGAAGCAGCAUCCUGAAUGCAGCAGUCUGCUUACUGAAGCCAAAGAUUAUCAUAUUGUUGUCAGUAAGCAACCAUUACUUCAAAACAAGAGAACAAAGGUUCGUUCAGAUGCACCAGUUCUAGUCAUGUGCCAUGCUUCCAAUUUAGAGACCUUCAAUUUUGGAAAUACCAAACGAGGCUACCUAAAAGAGGCUAUUGUUCCAUUGUACAAUCCAUCAGUAGCUGUAGUGGAUAACUUUUUGUAUACAUGUGGAGGAAAAUAUGAAGGUGCAGGAAGUAGCACAGACAUUGCAACAGCUCGUUGCUUUAGAUACGAUCCAAGGUUUGACACAUGGUUUGAGUUAGCUCCCAUGAAUGAGCCUCGGAAAGAUUUUGUGAUGCUAGCUUUGGACUCCAAGCUUUAUGCCAUUGCUGGACAGGAUGAAAACAAGGUAAUGCACACAGUGGAAUGCUAUGACAUCAUGAGCAAUGAAUGGGAAAUGAAGCAGCCGUUGAGUCGUCAUGUUUAUGGCCAUGCGGGGUGUGUGUGCAGUGGCAAAAUCUAUGUAUCUGGUGGACAAGUGUUUGUGGGAACAUGGAAAAAACUCUUUGCCUAUACCCCAGAAGAGGAUACAUGGGAAGAGAGAGCCCCCAUGCUGCAGAAUAGACUGAAUCAUAUCAUGAUGGAAGUGAAGGAAAAGAUUUACGUUAUUGGAGGUAACAUUGAGGAUGCCUAUGGGUUUCCUAUCCCUAUUACAGAAAUUGAAAGGUACUGUCCAAGAGCCAAUCAGUGGACUGUCUGCAAAGCUAAGUUUAACAUCCGUGAAGCAGGAUCUUGUGUUUUGAACAAUACAAUUUUGAUUGUUGGGGGAAUAGGGGGAGAGCAUUACCUCUCUGAGUAUGUUCAGAGAUAUGACCCUGAGAAAGACAAAGUUGAGAUUGUUGAACACUUUGCCACAAGAAUCAAUGGAAAAGCUUGUGCUAUUUUAACUCUUCCUCACUUUAUUUGAUGAAGCCAUAGUUAGUGUUUAUUGUACAUGUACAACAGUCAGGGAAAAGGUGGCACUAUUACUUAUUUAUAGUUUUAUAGUUUUUAAAGACAAAGGUACAUUAAUAUUAGCACAACAUGGGUAUUUUUGGGGACAGAAAUGAUUUUGUUGAAUUACAUGUAGUUUUUGAAUGAUGUUUCUGUCUUUAUAACUGCCCUUGAUCAUGUCAGUUUAGCACUUGUUCAUCAUUAUUCACAGAUGUUGUUAUUUAAUAUGUGUAUAUACACUACCGGUUUAAUUGUAAUGAAUUAAAUUAUGAAUGAAUAUCAUCAAAAUUAUUUAUUGUUUAAUUGAGGUGUACAUUAUUUGUUUAUUCUUUUCUCUUAAUUAUAAAAAUUUACAAGUAGUGUAUCAGUAUUCAGCAAAGUUUAAAACAUGAGAGAUAUUUCACAAUUUUAGCAUGUUUAGACUAGUAAGCUAGUGUAUAUACAAUUUUUUUUGUUUGAACAUAUCAGAUACAUGUAGUACUAAACAUGUUUUGUGCGAAAAGACUUUGAAAAAUGAAUUCAACAGUGUUUUCAAACACUGAGAUGAUUCUAAAUAACUAUUUUUGAAUGAGUCUGUAGAAUUCUGAUGGUUUCAUAUUUAUUGACUUUGUUAGUUUUUAUUACAAAUUGUCAUGUUUAAGUCUGAAUGUUUUCUGUCUUUUGACAAGCAAAGCGGUAAUUUUACUUCUAUUGUUUUUACAGAAAUGUAAUAAAGAUCAACUACACUUGAAAUGUUUAAAAUGUGUACAUGUUGAUUACCAGUAUUGCUGAGGACUAGUCUCUAUGAUUAGGUUUACCAUUUGUAUGGUAUAAGUAGUUUAUGUAUAAAUUGUGAUCAACAUAUGAAAGCAGUCUAAUUAUUAAAAAUUAUUUAGAUGUUACAAAUCCCCUACCUCUUCUUAAGAAGUGGAUUAGGAAUGUCUAAUUUUAAUUAUGGUAAAUUGAUAUGAAGGUUUCCAUAACAUGCAUACAGAUAUUUAUUAUGUGAAUAAAUCAUGUGUUGAGUG